AUGGCUGUCAAUGGUAUCUUUACUUAUGAAGAUCUUUAUGCGGAUAAAUUUCAAAAUUAUCAUCGUAGAUUUAUUCCUCAAGUAUCAUCUUCUUUCACAUCGAGUCAACAUUUGUCUGUAUUGAAUAUAACAACAAUAACAACAACAACAACAACAACAACGACAACGAUUGUUCCUACAUCAUAUUUUUCAAAAUUGAUUUCAUCAACAGAAAUAGAAUCGAAUAUAAAACUAAAUAAACUUGCGAAUGUUAUUCCAUUUAUUUAUUUUUAUUGGCUUCUUGUACUACUUGCAAUUUUCCUAACACUUGCAUUGAUAAUUAUUUUCAUUUGUUAUUGUCGUAAUUUUUUUAAGAAUUAUAAAACACACAGAGAAUCAUUAUCGAGCUUCUAUCAAUAUCGAACAACAAAUCAACGUGCAUAUCCAUAUAAUAUAUAUCAGUCAACAGCAUCACUAUCUCAUUCUUUAUCUACACCUCCAUGUCCAUCGAAAUCAUUAGAAUGUCUUAAUAAUCAAUUUCAUCGACAAGAUCUCGAUAUAACUGAUUCUCCACAGAUUACACGUAUUUAUAAAUAUCGUAAUAAAUCUUUAAGUACAUUCACAAGUUCCACAUCAUAUUUACCUUCUUCAUUACAAAGUCGUUUAAGUACGCGUUCAUUUGAUUCAUCAUUAAAAGUGGAACAAUUGUAUGAAUCACAACGUGUAAGCAUGGCAGUGAAUGAUGAACCCAAUGAGAAUUCAUCGAUUAUUGACAUCAGUUAG